AGAUGCGAACCGAACAGCACGUCGCACAGUUUCAGUUCGCACCAGCGUUUGAGUACGUCGAGACGCGUUUCGGAACGCGUACCCCGUCUUGAACGUGAUUGUGGAGUUCUCUCGUGCCGCGUUUGAAGAACUGCACUUAACGUUUUUGAAGUGGUGUGUAACAAACGCGUAAGAUAAGGUAGCAACUAUCUACAUACCCAUUCACCGUUAAACACCUUCGCCAAACAAGACGUAAAAGUAUCGAAAAGAAACAAAAAGCUUGUACAGCGCAACAAACAAAAACUAAAUAGCAAGAAAAAAAAAUAAAAAAUCAUCGGAAGACAAGCAUCAUCAUAGCGGACCGUGAACAAAGGAGAACAACAAAAAGGCGAUCCUUCUUAUGGGUGUCCUCGGGUAAAGGUGCCAUUGAGCGAUGAUGGGCAUCACCUUCACCAUCAGCAUCGCGUAGCCGAAGCCAAUCCCGAGAUGAGGCAGCGGCCAUUCCGAUACCUUGCGGCGGCAAAAUAGGGCAAACGCGGAACGACAUGAUCGUCUCCUGUUUCUGCGGUCCCCUUUGGAACAUCUUCACUUCCAAAACGCGCAAAUCGUGUGCACCGUGGCAUCAUCAUCUUUAUCAUAAAAGCGUCAUCGACAGGAUACAUGUUGCCAGCCAGCUCGGGGACCAUCAUCAUACGGGGUUGAUUUUUCUUUGUGAGCCCGCUGCUUUUCCGUCUACCCCGUUUGGUUUUUUUUUCGCCCUCCGAUCUGCUUUAUGGUUUUAUCGCCUUCGUCACCCAAAAGUGUCAAGUGAAAGUGCACAAAUCAUGCAACAUGUGUGUGUGUGUGUGUGAAUAUUAAGAUUAUGAUAAUUACACCGUGAAAGUGUCGUGUCGUAAAACGAACGCAAUAGUAAGUGAUACUUUGUGUGUGUGCGGUGUGCGCCAAACGUGCUAGUGUGUCCUACCAGCAAUUUCAACAGCUGCAUUUUCUUCCCUGCUUGUGGCUUGGAUAAAGUUGUGGCUUGAUUUAUAGCACUUGAACCCAUCCGCUGCCCGCCGAUUAAACGUGUCCUGCUGUAAAAAUAAAAGGGACAGCAAAUCCUUUUUUUUCUCUCUCUGCCCCCCGAAAAUCGCACAUAAACCAGACUUAAAAAAAAGACGAACGCGAGCGGUUCCCGGCUUCAAAACCAAUGGACAUGGAGUUAGCGGUAGCCCUGCUGACGGGAGAAAAUAAAUCGGCCACCGGAACGAACUGCUGCCCUUCCGGCAGCACUAACGGAAGCGGUGCAGCCGAGAUGGGCUGGAGUGCAGCUUCCUCCGAGCUGGAGUUCGCCUGGCGGGAAGGCACACCGACCAUCCUGCCGACGCUUGCUGGGAAAUAUUCCGAACCGAACGGCACAGCCGAAAGCAUGCAAAAUAUGGACUUCAUCUCAAUGUUACCAUUGUGGCGACUGAUCGUGUGGAAUGUGCUGUUCGCGGGCAUCGUAAUUACGGCCACCGUCGGUAAUCUGAUCGUGGUGUGGAUCGUCCUAUCCCACAAACGGAUGCGCACGGUGACCAACUACUUUCUCGUUAAUUUAUCGAUAGCGGACGCAAUGGUUUCCACGCUGAACGUUACCUUCAACUACACCUACAUGCUGUACCUAGACUGGCCGUUCGGGACAAUGUACUGCAAAAUAUCACAGUUCGUUGCCAUUCUCAGUAUCUGCGCUUCCGUGUUCACGCUGAUGGCAAUCGCGAUAGAUCGGUACGUCGCCAUCAUGAAUCCGCUGAAGCCACGCAUGGGCAAGAAGGCAACACUGUGCGUUGCGGCUAGCAUCUGGAUCGUCGGUACGAUCAUCUCCUGCCCGACGCUACUGUUCUUCACGACCUACCCGAUGAAGGACCACAUCCUGUGCUAUGCCGAAUGGCCGGACGGUCCAUCGAACCACUCGAGGCAGGAGUAUGUGUACAAUAUCGUGUUCAUGCUGCUAACUUACUUUCUACCGAUCGGCUCAAUGACGUUCACGUACGCCCGCGUCGGGCUGGAGCUGUGGGGUUCCAAGAGUAUCGGCGAAUGCACGCAGAGGCAGCUGGACAACAUCAAAAGCAAACGUCGGGUCGUUAAGAUGAUGAUGAUUGUGGUGAUAAUCUUUGCCGUUUGCUGGCUUCCGUUUCAAAUCUACUUCAUCAUCACAUCGUACUAUCCCGACCUGACGAAGAAACCGUACAUCCAGGAGGUGUACCUUGCGAUCUACUGGCUCGCGAUGAGCAACUCCAUGUACAAUCCCAUCAUCUACUGCUGGAUGAAUUCGCGGUUUCGGCGUGGCUUCCAGCAGUUCUUCCGCUGCUGUCCGUUCGUACGCGUCACACCGGACAGUGCCAGUAGCCAUCGGCGUACCGGUACGUCCCGAUACUCGUGCUCCGGUUCACCGGACCACUUGCGAAUAGUAAGAAAUGAUACCGAACGUUCGUUUCUCUACAAUGGUUCCCAGUCGCCGACCGGGCAACGGAAAUGGCAAACCGGUCCCAUGCGACGGGUGAACACGAUGCUGACGAGCCAGCUGAAUCAAACCACCAGUCUGUGCUGUUCGUCCCAGGACAACCCGCAGGGCCGGCCGGUGAAGGAUUAGCAGCAGCUGCACGAGCUGGGUCGUGGUAUCUGCGGAUCGAUGGCAUCACGUCGUAGAACACGAUCGUGCCAAUCGGUAGAGGAACUGUAAAUAUAAACCCACCCCCCUGGACACCAUUGCAGCGGGAUCUCACGGGGUGGGGCACGAGUUUUACAGGUGCAAACAUCUCUCUCUCUCCCCUCGACUACCUUUUGUCCGAAGACGAACCGAAUGGGGCAAAGUCUUUUAAGCCCAUCUAGAUUAGUGGUCGGGUUUUUGGUGGGUAUCGUGGAAAAUUGGAGAGAGAGAAAAAAAAAUACGCCCCCGUUGAAAGAGUUACAGUCGGUUUUGCCCACGUUUUGCCCAGAGAACGCGUCCACUAACCGUACUCAACCGAACGGCUCGUGUGAAGAUGAAGGAAGAGAUUGAAAAUCUCGUAAAUUAAUUUGCCCACCGUGUGGCAGCAUCAGUAAUAGAACUGCGCUAAAAGAAGUGUUAUUGUGGUCUCUCCCCGGAGAAAUCUUUGGGUCACAAACCACAGCAUUUUUUUUCGUUUGUUCCUCACAUCGUCUAGCACAAUACUAACGCAGCGCUAGUGUGCCAGGGAAGAGAGUACACGUAAGUUAAAUUGUGACGAACACACCAUAGAACGUGCCAGAUGGAACGCACGCCGAAACAAGUACCGUGUUAAGCUGAUUAACAGCCCCGGCUGGUUCUGCUUUAUUUAUAGCGAGCAAACCGAAAAUCCUGUGUCCACGGCGAGGGUCGUGUUAUCUUUCUCCUCGGCUGCUCGACCAAAAGGCACGAAAAAAGGGAUCCUGUUGUUUUAUAUUUUUGCCCUCCUCCGUUUAGCGAGAUGAAAAUGCACCUCCGCACUGUUCACCGACCGUGCUUUUUUAAGCGUCUACUUCUCCACAUCCCAUCGGGCGAAUGGGUUGUGUUUUGGAGAUUGCCAAGAUUAGUCCUUCCCGUAGCUACUUGGUACUAGAUAGUUAGUUGAAUGGGUUUUCUCGGCUGGUAUUUUCCUUGCUUUGCUGCGAAAUUAAAUGGACGACCGUAAAUCGAGAGCGAUUUAAUCGACGAAGAUUUAGAUUUGACUCCAUUAAUCACGAUAAGUGCGAAACGGUGUCGACCGUACGGAGGCCUCUAACGACUCCUUCGAGUAACACGGCAGUACCGUCAUGAAUAUGGCUAUAAGCCACAAACAAUAGACGCGAGUCAAAGGACCAAUUUAAUCGUUAAGCAUUUGGCGAAGUAAAAGUCUCUCUUUCACUCCAGAUCGAAGAAAAAAACGGAUCCAAUAACAGCAGUAGAAGAAACAAGCGCGAAAGCUCCAUUACCAGUAUAAGUAAAACAAAAAAAAAAUGGUGUGUUAAUUCUGAAUCAACUGUGGUUUUGAUGGAGACGGACUGUGAGAAAAUAACCUCCCCCGAAAAAGGUAGCAGGAAGGAAACAAACAACGUGAAACAACCUGAUAAUAAAUCUUAUUUGUGGCUCUCCACUUGAAUGUCGAUACAUGUUCGGAAAA